GUGUAGCACGGAUUGCGAAUAUUGCAACACGAGCGAGAGCUGUUCUACGUGCGUGAUCGCACAGAUAAGAUAAUAGCUCGCAAAACGAGAGCAUGGAGAAACCUAUAGUGCGGGCGAGAGUAGUGAAGGUCCUAGGCAGGACGGGAUCUCAAGGACAAUGCACGCAGGUCAAAGUAGAAUUCCUGAACGAGCAGAACAGGCAGCUGAUUAGGAAUGUCAAAGGUCCCGUUCGCGAAGGUGACAUUCUGACGUUGUUGGAAUCCGAACGAGAGGCCAGGAGACUCCGUUGAACUUGACAAAUAAUCGUCGCGUGCCUGGAGAACUGGUUUAACACAUUAGAAGAGUUACGCCGAAAUUAAAUGUAUAUUGAUGUUCCGGCGGCAAGCACGACGACGAAGUCAAGAAAGAAGAAAUGCUUUUGUAAUUUCUUUUAUCUAUUUCUAAAUUUUGAAGUAAAUGUACUAAACAAGAAGGAAACACACGUAUUUUAUGUCUGCGAGAAAUAGAAUUUUCUUAUAUACAUACAUAUACUGUUUUGUCUUCCCAUUUUUAACGU